AUGAUUCCCUGCGACAAAAUUGCAACUCUUCCUGAUGUAUCGUUCGUUAUCGAGGGCAAAACCUUCUCUCUCAAAGGAGAAGACUACGUGCUUAAGGUGACCGCAGGAGGAAAAACUAUUUGCCUUUCUGGUUUCAUGGGAAUGGAUCUUCCUGAAAGACUUGGAGAACUUUGGAUUCUUGGAGACGUUUUCAUUGGAAGGUAUUACACCGUCUUUGACGUUGGAGAAACCCGUCUCGGAUUUGCACAGGCGAAGGCAGAAGAUGGUUCUCCAGUACCACCUGCGAUUCGAACAUUGAGUCCGUUUAAAGUGGUCAGUUAUACUCAUCUACAGAAGCCUGUUUUACAGUGCUUGACGCAAAAGAUUCAUCCUUCACUACAUUCUCGAUUUUUUGAAUUCUGA